AUAUAGUUGGAGUCAUUCAGGGUCACUGAGUCAGGUAUACAACUGUUUUCACCUUUGCUACCUACAAAUUUUCAAAAUUGCCUUGCGUUAUUUUGUAUAGAAAAUUCGGUGAAACGUAUGUAAUUGUGAUAACAACAUUUAGAUAGAUUUUUACAAUUUGUUCUCAGAUGACAAAAUGCAGCAUAACUUGCAGGAGUCUUUAAGGUUUUAUAAAUUUUAUGAGCUUUUAUUUUUUCAUUUAACAAUUGCUUAAGGGGGUAUUAGUACGCUAUAGUUAAAACGUGUGAGAGUUAAACGAACUAACGUUUAACAAUUCUUUGAGUAGAUGGCAGCACCUGCGUCAUAUUUUAUUAUUUUAUUAUUCACGAAAUUUUAUUCUCUAAAACCGACAUUGAUGCCAAGUUUUCGAACUUACAAUCGGUUAAGUUCGCUCUGGAUCGGCAGUCUUCUGGGUAGGGGGUAUUAGAUGAAGUUUUACAAAUUCUAAUUUUUGAAAAUUUCGAAUAUUCAGAUUAGAUCAUUCGAUAUAAUUUUUGUAUCGGUUUACGUGCUGUUGUUUUUUGCCUCUCUUGCUGUUUUAACUUUGAGUUGUGUUAAUUUUGAGUGUUUUUUUUAGUUUUAUAAACAUUUUAAAUAGUUAUAUAGUUUUAGUUUUAUAAACAUUUUAAUUAGUUGUAGUUUUAGUUUUAUAAACGUUUUAAUAUAAAGUUAUCAUUUAGAAGAAUACAGACAGGUAAGUAACUUUAUUAUUUAUAAUGUUUUGCAAAAUGUUAUCUAUUAAAUAAUUUUCAGGUGUGAACAAAAUGCCCAGAUUGAAGUCAUUUAAUAAAAAAUCUACGAAACGUAGUCACACAUUGACUAAAUACCAGAAAAAUAAAAAAGAGUACAAAGAAGCUGUGCAAUCAACCUCAUCGGAUAUACAUGAGUUCAGCUUCAUUUCUUCAGAAGAAUAUGAAAGCAUUAACAAUCAUCCACUAGAAUUUCAAAAAGAACAAGAAGAACAAACAGUAUUAAAAGGACACCGAAUUGUUGAUUUAUAUUAUGUCCUACAGUGGGCUUUAAACUUACAGUUUGCUCAUUCUAAAGUUUGUACGAUGGGAAAUCUACAUAUAGUAGAUGAAAAACAGAAGGGGCUAGUUUCGACAGUGGUAUUACUAUGUAACAUGUGUGGUUACAAGACUGAAAAGUCAACAGAAAACCCAUCUGAGCAGUCAGCUGUUAAUUAUGGAGCCGUUUGGGGCACAUUAUCCACAGGUGGCACAUAUACACAGUUAACAGGAUUAUUAGGUGCAUUAGAUAUUCCUUCCAUGCCUUACCGAUUGUUCCACAAUAUUGAAAUUGAACUAGGGGAUAAGUGGAUAGAAGGAUUAUGGAAGUCCAUGGAAGAAGCUGGUGAAAAGGAAAGAGAAUUGGCUAUAGCAGAAGGGCAACUAGAUUCUGAUGGCAUACCAUGGACUACUGUGUAUUGUGACGGAGGCUGGAGUCACAGAUCUUAUGGACAUAGUUAUAAUGCAUCAUCUGGCGUUGCAGUUAUCAUUGGAAAACUAACUAAAAAAUUGAUAUAUCUGGGAGUUAGAAAUAAGUAUUGUUCAUUAUGUGCCCGAUAUGAAUCUAAAAACAGCCCUGUACCUGUUCACACUUGUUAUAAAAACUGGCAAGGCUCAUCGACUGCAAUGGAGACAUCAAUCAUAGUCGAAGGAUUUAAGCAAAGCCAAACUCUUCAUGGACUUAAAUUUUUGCAGUUUAUAGCAGAUGGAGACUCUAGUGUAUAUGCUAAAAUUCGUGAAGAGGUUGACUAUGGACAGUAUGUAACCAAAAUAGAAUGCUGCAACCAUGCGAUUAAAAAUUAUGGAAAAGCUCUGUACAAAAUUAAAGCAGAUACUACUGUGAACAAAGAAGCUAGGGCACUUCUAACCAACAAUAAAAUUAAAGAACUGCAGAAUUGUUGCACCAAAAUCAUUAAUACAGCUGCUUAUUCGGAUGUGGAAAACUUAAAAUCGAAUUUACAGAAAAGUAUAGACCACGUCUUUGGCAACCAUGCUAUGUGCAGCGACCAGUACUGUACAGAGCAGCAAUCAGAUGCACAUUUGAUGACAUCUGUUAAAAAUACUGGCUUAUACUUUCAUAUAAAUGGUUCUUUACAGAGACUUAUUUCUAAAGGUCACCGCUUAAUUGACAAAGAAACCAAUAAUCGUGCUGAAAUGUACAUGUCAAUUCUAUGUAAAUUUAAUGCGGGCAAGAGGCUAAACCUCUCUGGAAGGGGUAGUUUUAGGUGUCGUUCAGCAAUUUCAGGUCUGCGUUAUAACGAGGGUGUAGAAUGGCAGGAAAAAGAGUGGAGGAGUAUUUUAAAGAGGUCUCCAGGAAAAUAUUUUAAACGAAAUAUAAAACAAAACCAACGGGCUGUGGAACUAAAAUCUAAGCGAAAGCUGGAUUUUGUUUCACAUUAUCGAAAAAAAAGAAGCAGAUCCAUUAAAAAUAAUACUGAUUAUGGUCCUCACGCUUUACAACCAGCAUUAACAGAAAAUGAGUAUCAGUCGGAACAUUCUAGGAUCCUAAAAGCCAUACAAGUGCAACCAGAAGAGAUCCCGGAAAUCGAAAGACAAACCGUAGGUCAAUGGGACAAUGCUCUUUACAGGCAAGUUAAAAGAAAUAGGGUAACAGCUUCCUAUUUUGGAUCUAUUUGCAAAAGAAGGCCUAAUACAAGCUGUAGAAAUUUAAUAAAAACAUUAACUGCGCCCUCUUGGGAUAAUGAAUACACGCUUUAUGGAAAAGAUAAGGAAGAUGUCGCAAGACAAAGAUUUAUGGCAUUGAAUCCUGAAAAAAAAGUACAGAAGUGUGGAAUAUUUAUUGACAAUAUUUACAAUCACCUUGCUGCUACUCCAGAUGGAAUUGUAGAUGAAAAUAGUUUGUUGGAAAUUAAGUGUCUUCUGAAGGUGCAUAAAAGUGGUAAGUCUCUGUUAGAGGCAGUAGAGACUCUAAAAAACAUGCCACUGGAAAAUAAAAAUGGUACAUUACAGUUAAAAAAGAAACAUUAUUACAUGUAUCAGAUUCAAGGACAGCUUAAUAUUGCCCGAAAGGAUUACUGCUAUUUUGUAGUAUAUGUCAACGAUACAGAGCCCCUAUUUGUUGAAAAAAUUGAGCGAGACGAAGAACUUUGGGCUCGAAUGGUGGAAAGGCUCAAUAGUUUUUUCUAUAAUUGUUUCUUACCGAAAAUUAUUGACAAAAACAGAAAAUGUCUGAAUAAAAAUCAUUAAG